AUGGACGCGUUAUGCGUGCGAGAAGACGGCACGUGUCAGGCGCACGCGCUGGCAGCGGCCCUACACUCGCUCAGCCUCUACUGUGCUGCCAUCUCCUCCUCUCUCAUCUGUUGCUGUUCCUCGCCACGACCUCGCCGGUAUGGUGUACGAUGGCGAGGUCAAAAUAUUAGAGGGAUAGCUAGUCUCGCUUUAGGAGUAAUAUGGUGCUGUGGCGCAGCAUCCGCAUCCUUGCGUCCCGGAGACACCGUGAGACUUGUUGGUGCACUGAUGGCCCCCCUUGCCUGGGUCGCUGCAGCGGCUAUGCACAUAUCUUUGUGGACUCGUCGGUCGACAGCCCCUAUACUUUACUUAGUAAUCUACUGGUUACUGUCAUCAGCCACAUCGGGGAUUAUCGUGUACCGCUUUCUGCUCCUCGGGGUUUCUUCUAAUCAUGUUGAAAUAUAUGUACAUGGUGUCGGAAUGAUUUUGGCGUUUAUCAUUUCAGGAGUGGACUGGCUAUGUUUUUAUGACGAAGUUAAAAGAAGUUCGCAAGAUCGACAGAAAAGUUCGAUAGAAGCUCAAAACACUUUGUACAAAUAUGACCAAACUCACUUUUAUUCAAAAGUAACUUUCUUUUGGUUAAACCGGACAUUGUAUAAUGGUUACUGGUCACCUAUAGAAAAAGAAGACUUUGGAGAUAUACCUGAAAAUGAGCAAUCACAAACAUAUUUCGAUAAAUUUAAAAAACUACACCGAAAUCAAAAGGUCUCAAUAAGUAACGAAAACAGACUGAAUAUAUGGCAAUGUUAUGUGCGUAUGGUUUGGCCAAACUUUUAUAUUGCAGGAAUAUUAAAAUUUUGUAGCGAUUUAGUAAGCGUCAUACCAGCGUUAGGAUUAGCUGUUAUUAUACAAUUCGUAGAAGAUCCAAUUUUUAACUACGACUCUAAAUCUGAGGUUACUAUUCAAGAAUUAUUAUCAAAUGGCUACGCGAUGCUAGUUAUUGUUACACUAGCAUUGAUUCUUCAAGCUUUAUUGUCACAAAAUUCUACUCACUUAAUUACAGUGGAAGGUACCAGGCUAAAAAUGGCUUUACAAAGUACAAUUUAUGACAAAUGCACGCGAUUGUCCCUAUGGUCUACGGGCUUAGAUUCAAAUGAAGACUCACCUUUACUAGAGAAAACCGAAAACAAAGCUGAUACUCAGUCCGGCCUACUCACGAACUUAGUAUCGCAAGAUACUUAUAACAUCAUGUCGUGCGUUUGGAUACUUCAUUAUACAUGGGCGAUACCUUUGAAAGUAAUUUUUAUAUUAUAUUUACUUUAUACAAAACUGGGAAUAAGUGCAAUAAUAGGCACGGCAAUCAGUCUCUUGAUUAUAACUCCUUUACAACUCUACAUAGGUAAAAAGAUUUCGUGCAACACAAAAGAUAUCUCAAAAUGUACUGACCAUAGAAUAACAAAAAUAUCAGAAAUUUUACAAGGUAUGAAUGUCAUAAAACUAUAUGUAUGGGAAGAUUUAUUUAACGAGAAAAUAUUGCAAUUAAGAGAAGUUGAAUUAAAAACUCUUAAUAAAGACUCUGCAUACUGGGGACUUCUGACUUUUACAAUGCAAGUUUCCGGAAUAUUGGUCACAAUCAUAACGUUCACCAUGCAUUAUUACUUGGAAACUACGACAUCAUUAAAUGUCGUGAAUGUGUUUGCUGGAUUAGCACUAUUCAAUCAAUUGACAAUACCAUUAUUAAUUCUACCUGUAACUGUGCUAAUGAUCAUUCAAGCAAUGGUCAGCUCGAAACGGAUAAAAGAUUUUUUGGAACUUCCAGAAUCAUACAAUGCACGACUUGACAUUGAUGACGACUCAAGUUUAAGUAAUGAACCAGAAAAGUUAAAUGGUACCUUUCUUGACGCUAGUCCUGAAGAAAAUCCACUUUCAGAACGGGAUGAGAUAAAUGAAGAUGUUGACGAUCUGUCUGAUAGAAAUCCCAAAAGAAAUGACACCACUGUCCAAGGACAAGAAUAUUUAAUGAAAUUUAAAAAUGCUGCUUUUUCAUGGAAAAUUAAAGAUUUUCAGAACACGUGGCUAGAAAUUGAUGAUUUAGAUAUACCAGCAGGUAAAUUACUAAUGGUAGUUGGUGCUUCUGGUUCUGGUAAGUCGUCCUUGCUCUCAGCUAUUCUUGGAGAGCUGCACCAUGAGAAAGGAGAAGUGAACGUUAGCAGACACUGUUCAAUGUGGUACUCUGGUCAACCACCUUGGCUUCUUGAAGGCACAAUUAAAGAUAAUAUAGUUAUGGGUAGCACAUGGUGUGCUGAAAAAUAUGCACGUGUCCUACGUGCGACAGGCUUGCGACCUGACUUGCAGCUUUUACCGGAUGGCGACAGUACUUGUUUAGGGAGCUACGGCACGCCAUUGUCAGGAGGACAAAGAGUGCGCUUGUGCGUCGCACGCGCUUUAUACUCGCGAGCAAGGCUAAUCAUAUUGGAUGAGCCGUUUGGUGCUCUUGACGCUAUACUAGCUCGACAAGUAGUUGUAAAGGCGCUAUUACCGGCUGCUCGUGCUGGUCGUAGCGUCGUCUUAGCUACAAAUAGAUUAGAACUUCUCCACUAUGCAGAUAUGGUAAUAGCAAUGGAAGACGGCCGCGUGAAUGGAGUUGGCCGUUUCAGCACAAUGUCCGAAGGUGUAAUCAGUCAAUGGGCCCAGCUUGCUGCUGAGGCACGCAUGGCGGCGGGACGCGCCGGUGCGGGGCCUCCGGGUGGUAGCGCUCGCGAACGCUUACAACUGUUAAGGGCUAUAAGCCGGAAAGAAUUCCAACGACAAAUAUCAGAUGAUACUUUGAUAGAGAUAAACGAAGUAAUUGGAGCCCAUUUACUGACUGAGGUACCAAUCUGUAUAGGCGGUAGCUGGAGGCGAACUGCAAAACGAAUACGACUAUCGCUAUCUCGACAGUUUUCUUCCCCACCAUCGUCAAUGCAGCGUUUAAAGUGGUCUCGAGAAGUUAGAAGGGCAGUAAGUGCUGAUGCCACAAACGAAAUCUUGCAACAUGAAGCAAGUUUGCUGCGGCGCAUUAUAGGCGAUCGCCCGUACCGGACAUUGUCUAGAUGGACUCCUAGAACUCUUCAACGUUUAUUGAGUAUCGACCCCGAAACAUCUACUCACGAAGUACAAAAUAAUGGUACGAUCAUCGAGGCACCACCCGAUGCGACAUUCACCUCAAUAACUUCAAAUGGUAUCGAGACGUCCGCUAAGCCAAUUUCUCAAACACCAACUACUAAUAAAGAAGUAAUAGAACCUGUUUUAAACGAGAGCGCAAUAUGGUGGGAAUACGCACGCGCUUGUGGUUGGUGGGGGGCAGCGUAUGUGCUCUGUGCUGCGGCGGCGCAGGCGGUCGCUCUCACGGCCGACUACUGGCUCUCGCUCCUCGCUGCAGAGAACUCGCAACAAUCUCUCACCGAUGAACAGACAUGGAAUUUAAUAAGUGUCUACGCACUGUGGAGUGCAGGCGGAGUGUGCGUGGCGGGCUGUGCGCAGGUUGCUUGCGCUUGCGCAGGCGCUGUAUCGAGAAGAGUUUUACAUGAGCGUCUACUUCAUGCUACUCUACACGCACCGAUUAACUACCAUAAUACACACCCUGCUGGUGACACACUACAUCGAUUUUCUUCUGAUACACUUGUAGUUGAUAAGAAAUUACCAACAGCUAUAAACAGAUGGGCGCAGUUGGCUUUUCUUUGUGGCGCUGCCGUAAUCAUUAAUAUUGUGGCAUCGCCAUGGACUCUGCUUGCGAUGAUACCCGCAUUUAUAUUAUAUAUUCUUUUACAAUCCAUAUAUCUCCGAAAUGCCAGGGAACUUCAGCACAUGGAAGCUGAGAGUGCAGCGCGCGUGGUGUCGCUGGCGUCCCAGACGCUAGCUGGAGCCGUAACGGUGCGCGCGGGCAGGAUGAGGACGCGAAUGCGCGGCGCUUUCUGCCACCGUCUAGAUCAAAACCAUUAUGCCUUGUUACUAUUUAAUUCUGCUAAUCGGUGGUUAAGUUUAUCACUGGACAUGGUGGGCGCCGCUAGCGUAUUCGUGUCUCUGUCGGCGGCGCUGUACGGCGGCGGCGGCGGCGCGGCGGCGGCGCUGGCGGGCGCGUACGCGCUGCUGCUGCCCGCGUACCUGGCGCACCUCGCCAAGUGCCGCGCCGACCUCCACCUGCAGCUCGACUCCGUGCAGCGACUUCAUACUGACACUAAUAUACCUCAGGAAGAUUAUAGAGAUGACUGUCCAAUUCCUUUAGAUUGGCAAAGGGAUGGUAAAAUAGAAUUUCAAGACAUAAGCAUACAGCAUCAAGAAGACGCAGCGCCAGUGCUCAAGAAUAUCAACCUUAUUGUAAAGCCGAGUCAAAAGGUUGCAAUUUGUGGUCGUAGCGGAAGUGGUAAAUCAACUUUACUCUUGACUUGCGCGGGAGCAACUACAAUCCACAGCGGUCGUGUGCUAAUUGACGGUCAAGAUAUUUUGAAUGUCCCGUUGCGUGCAUUGCGACAUCGAGUAGUGGUUUUGCCACAGGAAGCUGUAAUGUUUUCGGGAACUCUGCGUGAGAACCUCGACCCGCUCGCAGUACAUACUGACGAAGAAAUCUGGCGGAGUCUUCGUGCCGUUGGCCUUUACGACCACGUUACAGCACAAUCAGCUGGUUUAGAGUGUAGCGUGAGCGGAUGGCGCGGCGGGUGGGGCGGGCGCGGGGCGCGCGUGUGCGCGGCGCGCGCGGCGCUGCACGCGCAAUUCGCGGCCGCGCUGCUGCUGGACGAGCCCGGCGCCGCGCUCGACGCGCCCGCCGAGCGCAUGCUGUUGCAAGCCUUCUCGGCCAUGGCACCUAACACUACUAUCAUUACCGUUGCUCAUCGCGUGUCAUCUGUGCGUGGAUACGACAAUGUAGUAGUUCUUGAAGACGGUAAGGUCGUGGAGCAGGGUGACCUAGACACGCUAUUGAGUGAACCUGCCUCGAGUCUCUCCCGCGCUCUGGCCGCUCAACAGACGCAGUGCGUGGCGCGUAGCCGCGAUACUCGU